GCUGCAGUGGGGCCUCAGUCGCCACGGUAACAGGCGCUGAGCCGGUGUGUCACCAUGCGCGCCCGGGUCGCGCGGGCCACUUGGGCCUGGGGCUGGAGUGUCUGCUGCCGUCGCGGCGUAUCUAACUUCCCGGUACCUCCGCCGAGCGCGGUGGACGUGGCAGAGCUGCUACGAGGCGCGACGACAGCGGAGGAGCAGCCCUGGGCGGCGGCGGCGCGACGGGCGCCCGGCCAGUGCUCGGUGCUGCUCUUCCCGGGCCAGGGCAGCCAAGUGGUGGGCAUGGGCCGCGGUCUGCUCGGCUACCCGCGCGUCCGCGAGCUCUACGACGCCGCGCAGCGCGUGCUGGGCUACGACCUGCUGGAGCUGAGCCUGCAGGGGCCGCAGGAGGACCUGGACCGCACGGUGCACUGCCAGCCCGCUGUCUUCGUGGCUUCGCUGGCCGCUGUCGAGAAGCUCCAUCACCUGCAGCCCGCGGUUAUUGAAAAUUGUAUUGCUGCUGCUGGAUUCAGUGUAGGAGAAUUUGCAGCCCUAGUGUUUGCUGGAGCCAUGGAAUUUUCUGAAGGUCUGUAUGCAGUGAAGGUUCGAGCUGAGGCCAUGCAGGAAGCUUCAGAAGCUGUUCCCAGUGGGAUGUUAUCUGUCCUCGGCCAGCCUCGGUCCAAGUUCGACUUUGCCUGUCUGGAAGCCCAGAAGCACUGCAAGUCAUUGGGCAUAGAGAGUCCUGUGUGUGAGGUGGCCAACUAUCUCUUUCCUGAUUGCAGGGUGAUUUCAGGACACCUAGAGGCCCUGCGGUUUCUCCAGAAGAAUUCCUCCAGGUACCACUUCAGACGCACCAAGAUGCUGCCUGUGAGCGGCGGCUUCCACACCCGCCUCAUGGGGCCCGCUGUGCAGCCCCUGGCACAGGUUUUAAAGACAGUGGCCAUCAGGAAGCCGCUGGUGGCCGUCUACUCUAACGUCAGCGGGAGCAGGUACCUCCACCCCACGCACAUCCGGCAGCUGCUGGGGCAGCAGGUGGUGUCCCCAGUGAAGUGGGAGCAGACCAUGCACGCCAUAUACGAGAGGAGGAGGGGCACCGAGUUCCCCAGCACGUGGGAAGUGGGCCCUGGCCAGCAGCUGGGGAGCAUCCUGAGGAGCUGUAACCUGAAGGCCUGGAAGGGCUACAGCCACGUGGACGUGCUGCGGGCCAGCGAGGACCCGGACGCGGACCUGGACCCCAGCGAGUCUCCCCGGUGACUGCUAGGGGCUCGAGACCCUGGGCAGAGCCGAUGAGCUGGGCCGGCCCUCCCCGCCGCCGGCUGCCCCGGGAUGGAGAGGGAAGGUGGGCCCGUGUCCAGGGCCAUGUGAGGAGCACUGAGAGGGGGGGUUCUUUCCAUGAUGCACCCCACUCCUCCUCCUCGUGAAGACCAAGGCCACCUGGGCACUGGGUACCUGCAGAGCUGGAUGCCUGCCGCCCCUUCAGCCAGGCAGGGUUUGCCCCUGCCCUGUGGAUGCUGAGGACACGCCAGCAUGGCUUCAGCCAGGCCGGAGCCAGAGGGGCCCUGCACUGCCCUGCAGCCUGCCAGUCACCCGGGGCCAAACUCCUGGCUCCUUUGUCCCUGAAUCUAACAGGCUUAGGAUCUAAGUGACCUUGGCAGCCACACUUUCCACCCCUCACUCAACUGCAUUCCUAUAGCCAGGGAGCACAUGUUAAGUCCUGCCAUGUGCCAGAGAGCAGGUGGCCUGGGCCCUGGCAGAGCUCCCUGAGCAAGCUGGGCACUGUGGUGAGCUGAGGCAGGGAGGACGGCUGGGCCCUGACCCCCCCCAGCGAGCCCCAACCUCUUUAUGAAGUGCCAUCCAUGGUCACACUGGUCACUGUCUGUGGCCCCAGGAGCCGAGCAAGACUCUCUGAUGUCCAGCUGUGCAAGCUGACAUUAAAUACCAGCCACUCUGAGCUCUGCA